AGAAUUGAAAGUAAGUGACAAAGAUAUUCUGUGUUUUCUAAGAGAUUGUCGAAAUGUGCUGAAAGUGAUGACACAAAAGAUUAUUGAGAAGGGACCUGUCAAGUACAAAUGUGUGAAAGCUUUGAGCAGCUUAGACCCAGAAAUUAUUAAAAUGCAAUCAAAUGUUGGAAAAUUGUAUUUCAAUGUUUUACUGGAGGUUCUACAUGAUACAAACAGGAUUGAUGAGAAAUGUGCUGUCAAAGCAAAAGAACAGUAUGAUAUACUCUGCAGUAAAGUGCCCAUAAAACCCUAUUCUACAAAGUUUGAGGACUUCAUAUCUGAAAGGAGUGAUGAUGAUAGUCUGGACACAUUUUAUUGUGAAGUUUUGAAGGAUGAUAGGCAACUGCGAGAUCUAUGGUCUAUUAUCAAAAUUUCUCUUUCUUUCUCCCAUGGGAAUGCAAGUGUUGAGAGUGGUUUUUCGGUUAACAAAUCACUGUUGAGUGAAAAUCUUAAGGAAGAAGGUUUAGUUGCUCAACGCUUAGUUUAUGACGGGGUCCAUUUUGCAGGUGGUAUUGAUCAAAUAAAUAUAGACCAGAAAAUGUUGUUAACAGUCAGAGGAUCUAGACAGCGAUAUAUUGCAUCUCUGCAACAGAAAAAAGAUAUUCAGAAGCAGCAGGCAUUGAGGGCUAAAGAAAAAAGAAAACUUACACAACAACUUAAGGACUUAAAACAACACAAGAAAACAUUAAGAAAAGAUCACGAAAAAGAAGUAAAAGAGAUUGAAAUGAAAAUAAAUACACUUGAGGAGAAAAGGCUAAAACUACAUUAAUAUAAUAGUUUUUGUGUUUUAUGAAUAGUAAUUCAUUUUUUAUUUUCUAAUUAUCUGUAUUUUGAAAAAAAGGAUUAAUACUAAGAAGUUUCUCUGUAUUUUGAUUGUCCAUUUUGUAAAAAAAUAAAAAGAUUUCACAAUAAAUUAGAUGCAUUU